AUGAAUUUUUUGACGCCCGUGAGGUGUUUGCUUCAAUGUCUGACUCAGGCUCCGAUUGCUCCCCAGAAGACUGUAUUGGCCCGUGAUGAACAUGAAGUUCAGCAGGUCUACAAGAGAGGAACAGUUGGAAGAUCCAAUUAUAUUGAUGCAUACACGGGAAGGUUUGGAGUUCCACAUAUGGCUUUCAACUCCAUUAAUUCAACCAUAAACAAUGGUGGUUUAUUGAACAGUGGUGUUUGGGCUCCACCACAACCAAUUCAGCAAAUGCGGACGUAUACAAGGGUCUACAAAAGAGGAGCUAUUGGAAGAUCAAUUGAUAUUACUUCAUAUUUAGGGUAUGAUGAGCUUAAACAAGAUCUUGCUCGAAGGUUUGGUAUCGAGGGUCAACUGGAUGGUCAACAGAGAAUUGGGUGGAAACUUAGGUAUGUGGAUCAUGAGAACGACAUUCUCCUUGUUGGGAAUGACCCUUGGGAGACCAGGGUCCUGAUUUCUGUGAUGCAAAGGAAGGACAACAUUUCAGAAGUAUGGGUCCACAUGAUUCAACAUGGUUGCCACCAUAUAGUGUUAAAAAUUACCCUGAUUCUUCAUAUUAUGGUUCCAAAAGGCAACAGUUAUCUGAAGGAAGAGUGGAAAUAG